GAAUGAGCCAAUAGCAGCAGCGCUUUCUGGGAUUUAAACCGUGUAGCGUCAUCGUCACGAAAUUCAAAAGUUGGAAAGAGACACCAGCGAACGACCCGUGUCGAACGAGAGUUUUCCACGUUUUCCCAAAGAGUGUGAAGAAUCUGGCUAAAAUGGCGCAGUUCGGAUUUGAGAACGACAUCCACAGCAUCCUGAAGCUGGACAUGCCCAUCACCAACGCUCCCAUGGCGAGGUGGCAGCGGAAGGCCAGCUCGUCCAACGCGGCGGCCCUGAGCGGCUUGUCGCCCGGCAAGUCUGCCAACGCGUCGCUCGGCUCAUCGAAAACUCCCAGCAAAACCCCAGGAAAAAACAAAAAAGUAACGCCGUCUAAGAUGGGGGGCGACCGCUUCAUCCCCACCAGAAACAGCAAACAAAUGGAUGUGGCGAGUUUCCUGCUGUCAAAGGAGAACGAGCCUGUGGAUGCAAACAAUUCAACCAGCACGGCGGAAAGCCAGAAAGCCUGGUCCAUGUCGCUAAAUGGAUACAACCUUGAAGACGCAAAGAUCCUGCACCUUGGAGGGAAACCGCUUAAUGCUCCAGAAGGUUAUCAAAACAACUUGAAAGUGCUCUACAGUCAAGGCGCGACUCCGGCCUCUGUCAAAAAGACAAGAUACAUAUCGUCCUCCCCGGACAGGAUUUUGGACGCCCCUGAACUUCGAAACGAUUUCUAUUUGAAUCUGCUUGACUGGAGCAGUCGAAACGUUCUCGCUGUUGCACUUCAUAACAGUGUUUACCUGUUGGAUGCCACACAAGGAGACGUCACUUUUCUCAUGUCGUUGGAGCGCGAGGAGGAUUACGUCUGCUCGCUGUCCUGGACCAAAGAGGGAACGUACCUAGCCAUCGGCACCAGCGACUGCAAAAUUCAGUUGUGGGAUGUUUACAACCAGAAGCGUCUCCGCAGCAUGUCCAGUCAUACGUCGAGGGUUGUAAGCCUCAGCUGGAAUGACCACGUUCUCUCCAGCGGCUCAAGAUCGGGACACAUUCACCAUCACGACGUUCGGGUGGCGGACCACCACAUCUUCACGCUCACCGGUCACUCGCAAGAAGUGUGUGGGCUGCAGUGGUCCCCUGAUGGGCGAUACCUGGCCAGCGGGGGCAACGACAACAUGGUGUAUGUGUGGCCCCGCGUGCAGGAGGGCACCGCCAGCCAGUCGGUCCGCUCCUGGAGUGAACACCAAGGAGCUGUUAAGGCUUUGGCCUGGUGUCCAUGGCAGCCAAACAUCCUGGCAUCUGGAGGUGGCACCAGUGACCGCCACAUCCGCAUCUGGAAUGUGAACAGUGGCUCCUGCAUCAGUUCACUUGACACUCAAUCCCAGAUCUCGUCCCUCGUGUUUGCGCCGAACUAUAAGGAGCUGGUCUCUGCCCAUGGAUAUGCCCAUAACAACGUGGUUAUCUGGAAGUAUCCGGCGCUCUCCAGGGUUGCAGAGCUCAAUGGCCAUGAGGACCGAGUUCUCAGUUUGAUUCUGAGCCCCGACUGCUCUACUGUUGCAACCGUUGCCGGGGACGAGACUAUCCGUCUGUGGAAGAGCUUUGAGAUGGAUCCUGUGAAGAAGGCCAAAGAGAGGCUGGUCAAAUCCACCAGUGGCGUCAUUCAUCAGUCAAUCAGAUAACCAGCGUCGUUGUGCUUUCUAAGGUUUUUUUUUUUUUUUUCCUUUUUUAAUUCUUUUAGUCUAUGCUCAUGUGCAAAUGUUUUAUUUAAUCUACAAUAAAGAAGUCUACCCAGUUCUUUAGCUGUGACUGGAAAUUUACUGCUCUUCUAGGCGCUGUAAUUUUUUAUUUGUCUCAAUUGUAAACCGGGUUACCAAUGUAUUGAAGUACAAAAGUUAAGUGUUGGGUUUUUUAGCAAAUGUAUUUAUGACCUUCGCUUGGCUUUUUGUUAUAAUUGGGAUGCAUU